AAGGAGAAGAAGAGACCUGGAGGAAGAGGAGGAAGACAGUAGCCCCGGAGUAUCCUUCUCACUCUCUUCAGAAGAGUCAGAGAUGGAGCCUGAGGAAGAGAGGAUCCGUUACAGCCAAAGAUUGCGUGGCACAAUGAGGCGGCGCUAUGAAGAUGAUGGCAUCUCAGAUGAUGAAAUUGAAGGAAAGAGGACAUUUGACCUGGAGGAGAAACUCUCCACCAACAAAUUCAAUGCCAACUUCGUCCUCUUUAUGGAAGGCAAAGACUUCAACGUUGAGUAUAUCCAGCGGGGUGGCCUGAGAGACCCUUUGAUUUUCAAGAACUCCGACGGGCUCGGAAUAAAGAUGCCAGAUCCUGACUUCAGUGUGAAUGACGUGCGACUGUAUGUAGGGAGCCGGCGAAUGGUGGAUGUCAUGGAUGUGAACACACAAAGGGACAUUGAGAUGUCCAUGGCACAGUGGGCACGCUACUAUGAGACCCCAGAGGAGGAGCGGGAGAAAUUGUAUAACGUCAUCAGCUUGGAGUUCAGCCACACAAGGCUAGAGAACCUGGUGCAGAGACCUGCUACGGUGGAUUUGAUUGACUGGGUCGACAACAUGUGGCCAAGACACCUAAAGGAGAGUCAAACGGAGUCUACAAAUGCCAUUCUGGAGAUGCAGUAUCCCAAGGUGCAAAAGUACUGUCUGAUGAGUGUUAAGGGCUGCUACACAGAUUUCCAUGUGGACUUUGGCGGCACCUCCGUAUGGUACCACAUCCACCGAGGGGGAAAGAUCUUCUGGCUGAUCCCGCCAACACCCCAGAACCUGGAGCUCUACGAGAAUUGGCUGCUGUCAGGGAAACAGGGGGACAUCUUUCUUGGUGACAAAGUGUCAGACUGUCAACGAAUUGAGCUCAAGCAGGGCUACACGUUCGUCAUCCCCUCAGGUUGGAUCCAUGCUGUGUACACUCCCACUGACACUUUGGUUUUCGGGGGCAACUUCCUGCACAGCUUCAACAUCCCCAUGCAGCUACGGAUCUACAACAUUGAAGACCGCACACGGGUCCCAAAUAAGUUUCGCUACCCCUUCUACUAUGAGAUGUGUUGGUAUGUGCUGGAACGCUACGUUUACUGCAUCACCAGCCACUCCCACCUGACCAAGGACUUCCAGAAGGAAUCACUCAACAUGGAUAUGGAGUUGAGCUGCUUGGAGCCGGGGAACAUGGAUGAAGAGGACGAUGCAGCAGGCAGGGAGCCCAGGCGCCCAGUCACCAGACGAUCAAUCCUCACAAGCCCUGUGGCUAAUGGUGCCAACCUAGACUAUGAUGAACUAAGCAGAAGUUGCAGGAGCCUGCCAGGCCUCAAGAGAACUCUAUCUAUGGAUUCCUCUGAUUCCAGCCGGGGCUCCCACAAUGGUCAGGCCUGGGAUCCCCAUGGCAGCAGUCCUUUCAAGUACAGGAAGGUGCAUCUGACCCAGUUCGAACUGGAAGGUCUACGCUGCCUGGUGGACAAGCUGGAGUCACUGCCUCUGCACAAGAAAUGUGUCCCCACGGGCAUAGAGGAUGAGGACGCCCUCAUUGCUGACGUUAAGCUGCUGCUGGAAGAGCACGCAAACAGCGACCCCAAACUGGCACUUACAGGAGUCCCUAUCAUCCAGUGGCCCAAGAGAGACAAGCUAAAGCUCCAGGCCCGACCGAAGGUGCGCCUGCCCACCAUCCCCAUCACCAAGCCUCACACCAUGAAGCCAGCCCCACGCCUGGCACCUGUAAGGCCCACAGUGUCUCCGAUAGUGUCAGGAGCACGACGGAGGCGAGUGCGGUGCCGUAAAUGCAAGGCCUGCAUGCAAGGCGAGUGCGGCAUGUGCCACUACUGCAGGGACAUGAAGAAGUUUGGGGGGCCUGGUCGCAUGAAGCAGUCCUGCGUCCUCCGGCAGUGCUUAGCGCCCAGGCUGCCUCACUCGGUCACGUGCGCGCUUUGCGGGGAGGUGGAUCAGAAUGAGGAUUCGCAGGACUUUGAGAAGAAGCUCAUGGAAUGCUGCAUCUGCAAUGAGAUAGUUCACCCUGGCUGCCUGCAGAUGGACGGGGAAGGGCUGCUGAAUGAUGAAUUGCCCAAUUGCUGGGAGUGUCCAAAGUGCUACCAGGGUGAUGACUCGGAGAAGGGCCAGAAACGGAAGAUGGAGGAGAGCGAUGAGGACACAGUGCAGGCCAAAGUCCUGCGACCCCUGCGGAGCUGCGAGGAGCCCCUGACACCCCCACCGCACUCGCCCACCUCCAUGCUGCAGCUGAUCCACGACCCGGCAUCGCCGCGGGGUGUGGCGACGCGCUCGUCCCCGGGGGCCGGCCCCAGUGACCACCACAGUGCCAGCCGGGAUGAGCGCUUCAAGCGGCGGCAGCUGCAGCGGCUCCAGGUCACAGAGCGCACCGUGGUGCGGGAGAAGGAGAACAACCCCAGCGGCAAGAAGGAGCUGUCAGAGGUGGAGAAGGCCAAGCUGCAUGGCUCCUACCUUACGGUCACGCUGCAGAGGCCCGCCAAAGACCUGCAUGGCACCUCUAUCGUGCCCAAGCUGCAGGCCAUCACCGCCUCCUCCACUAAUCUGCGGCACUCUCCCCGCGUGGUCGUGCGCCACUGCCCAGCCAGGACGCCCCAGCGGGCCGGGGAGGAGGAGGCAGAUGAGGAGGAGGCAGUAGACGAGGAGGAGGAGGAGGAAAGCGCGGAGGAGGGCGGGGCGGCCCGGCUGAAUGGCAGAGGCGGCCGAGUGCAGGAUGGCGAGGAGAGCUGGAUGCAGCGCGAGGUGUGGAUGUCCGUCUUCCGCUACCUCAGCCGCAGAGAGCUCUGCGAGUGUAUGCGGGUGUGCAAGACCUGGUACAAAUGGUGCUGCGACAAGAGAUUGUGGACGAAGAUUGAUUUGAGCAGGUGCAAGUCCAUCACUCCCCAGGCCCUGAGCGGCAUCAUCAAGAGGCAGCCGGUCAGCCUCGACCUUAGCUGGACCAAUAUCUCCAAAAAACAGCUCACCUGGCUUGUCAACAGGCUGCCAGGCCUGAAAGACCUCAUCUUAGCAGGCUGUUCCUGGUCUGCAGUCUGUGCGCUCAGUACCUCCAGCUGCCCCCUUCUCAGGACCCUCGAUCUUCGGUGGGCAGUAGGAAUCAAGGACCCUCAGAUCCGGGACUUGCUCACACCUCCCACAGACAAACCCAGUCAAGACAAUCGCAGCAAACUCCGCAACAUGACAGACUUCCGGCUAGCUGGUCUGGACAUCACCGAUGCCACGCUCCGGCUCAUCAUCCGCCAUAUGCCCCUGCUCUCACGACUCGACCUUAGUCACUGCAGCCACCUUACGGACCAGUCGGCCAACCUCCUAACGGCCGUGGGGUCUUCCACGCGCAACUCACUCACUGAGAUCAACAUGGCAGGUUGCAAUAAGCUGACGGACCAGUCCCUGCUGUACCUUCGGCGCAUCUCCAACCUCACCCUGAUCGACCUGCGAGGCUGCAAGCAGAUUACCCGCAAGGCCUGCGAGCACUUCAUCUCAGACCUGUCCAUCAGCAGCCUCUACUGCUUGUCCGAUGAGAAGCUGAUCCAGAAAAUCAGCUAGAGACCAACCCCAGGCAGACUGAGGAGAAGGAAAGAUCCCAUCCCACCCCUCUCAGAGAGGCGCUCCUCCUCCCCAGCCCUGUCCUGCUGUGAGGCCAGCAUCCUGCACUCCUCCAUCACCCACCUCCACAGGCAGGGCAGUAGCCAGCCCCACUCCACUGGGUCUCCUCCUCCUCCUCUUCCUGGGAUUUCGGCAGCGGAAGGGGUCCCGCCAGGCUGAUCGAUAGCUGAGGAGAAAUGGGCCGUGGCCAGGGGAGCUUGUUCUGGAGCCUGGCUGCUCUUAGUCUGAGGUUGUGCAGAGGUGUCUUCGCAGGGAAAUGUGCCCCGCU